AUGUCGCCCGAAGCCCCGUCCGCUCCGCCUGCUUCGGACCCCGUCGCUCCGGCGUCGGUGGACUUGUCCGUCACGCUCGGUCGCCUACGGCUGCCGAACCCCGUGCUGGUCGCCUCGGGGACGUUCGGCUACGCCCGGGAACUGGCGUCGCUCGUGGACGUCUCACGGCUCGGCGGCAUCCUGCCGAAGACCGUCACCGCCACGCCGCGGCAAGGGAACGCCCCGUGGCGCACCGUCGAGACGACCGGCGGGAUGCUCAACGCCAUCGGCCUCGAUAACGACGGCGUUGACGCGUUCAUCGAGUGCCACCUGCCUUAUCUGGCAUCGGUUGGCACGCCGAUCAUCGUCAGCGUGGCCGGCAAGGCGCGCGACGAGUUCGUCGAACUGGUCCGCAAAUUCGACGCUGUCGAUAGCGCGCUACGGCCCGCGGCGAUCGAGCUGAACGUCUCGUGCCCGAACGUGUCGGGGGGCGUCGACUUCGGCAGCGACCCGGCCCUCUGCGAGGCCGUGGUGCGCGAGUGCGUCGCCGCGACCGACCUGCCGAUCAUCGCGAAGCUGACGCCCAACGUGACGAGCAUCGCCACGAUGGCCCGCGCCGCCGAGGCGGGCGGCGCCGACGCCCUGAGCCUGAUCAACACAGUGCUCGGCAUGGCGGUCGAUUGGCGCAAACGCAAGCCGCUGCUCGCCAACACGGUCGGCGGCCUCAGCGGCCCGGCGAUCAAGCCGAUCGCCCUCCGCUGCGUCUGGCAAGCCAGCCAAGCGGUCCAAACCCCAAUCAUCGGCGUCGGCGGCGUCGCCAGCAUCAACGACGUGAUGGAGUUCCUCGUCACCGGCGCGUCGGCCGUGCAGCUCGGCACCGUGAACUUCUACCGCCCCCAAGCGUCGAUAGAAGUGCUAGAGGCGCUACCGGCGGCGCUAGGAGAGUUAGGCGCGACGAGCGUUAGCGAAGUCGUUGGAACUUUAUGUCUUAAGAUUUAG